AUGAAAUUGAAACAAACAAAAAUCGUCUUUGCUUGAUGAAUGAAUUUAAUUUUAGUUAAAUUUUUCUGUUAAUAAGAAAACACAUUUGUAAUGCGAACUAUAGGAACGUAAAUUAUGAGUCAAUUUAGUGAUAAUAUUGGCAUAGGAAGUACGUCAAGUUUGAAUAAUUUAUCAGCACCUGUAGCAUUUGUGCAGUCACUACAACAUCAAGUAAACGAACAUGAUAUUCAUGCUAUAAUUCAAUCUCAAAAGCACAUGCUUGUUCGAUUUGAAAAGACUAAUGAAAUGCUAGUGAAUUGCAAUGCUCUCUUAGCUUCUCGUUAUACUGGUGCAAGCAAGGAGUUGAAAAAACAUAUUUCAUUUCUUACAGAUCUGAAGAAAGACCUUGACUCAGUAUUCAGACGAAUCAGAUUUUUGAAAAUGAAGGUCUCUCAACAGUACCCAGAUUCUUUUGCAGCAUGCAACAAUAAAUUCAAUGUUCUUGAUGAAGAAGAAGAACAGGAUGAAAAGGAGAAUUCACUCCCAAAGGUGGCUAAUACCCCUGACAUAAACACUACAGCUGCUAGUAGUUCUGGAAGCAGAGGAAGUUCUCCUUGCUCAGUUACUUCGCCAUCUACUUCAGACAGUGCAUAGACUUGAAAUUUUCAUUGUUUAUGGCACCUCGCCUUAAGCAAUAUAAUGAUCAAUGCUAAAAGCUUUGAAAUAUUGCAUCUGUGCAUCUUUUGAGGACUAACAAAAAUCAUUUUCGAGUUCUUUCAUAAUUUUUGUGAUAAUAGUCAUUUAUAUUUUUUUCUCUGGUAUGAGAUGUCAAUAAAUUUAUACCUA